CUGUCUCUAGCGUCAUCGCGUAAGGGGUGGGGCUUCUCCUGUGGCUGACCGUCCCGCCUCCAGCCGGUGCUGCGGUCCGUCUGACGGCUCCCUUCCCCUCCCCCCCCGCCCACCAAGCAAGGAGGAGGCGACGUUUAUUUACCAGCAGCGUCGAAAUUGUGAACCGAGAGCGCAUUUUAUUUUGCGGGCGAGGAGUAAAACAUUUAAAUUUAAUUCUGAGUGACCUCUAAUGGAUCCGGGGAUUUAGGAGCGAGGGUGGAGGUUGUCGGUUGCCGGUUGCUAAGGGCUGGGCUCGCUGCUGUAGGUGGUGCAGAUAAAUAAUGAAGUAAUAAAGAUGACUUCCAACUUUCAGGCAACAAUCAGCUCCAUUGUGACUACAAACCGUAAUUCGACUAAGGAAUACUGCUAUAGUGCUCGAAUAAGAAGUACAGUAUUGCAGGGUUUGCCCUUCGGAGGAGUUCCUACAGUUCUUGCACUAGAUUUUAUGUGCUUUUUGGCACUGCUGUUUGUGUUCUCCAUUUUGCGAAAGGUAGCUUGGGAUUAUGGGCGACUUGCAUUAGUCUCGGAUGCUGAAAGAAAGAGACGUGGAAAACAUCGAGCGGAAGAGCGGGAAUAUGUGGCUUCAGCUCUGGAUUCCGAAAACCAUGACCGAUACGAACGCCUGACGUCCGUGUCAAGCUCAGUUGAUUAUGAUCAGCGAGACAAUGGCUUUUGUUCAUGGUUGACAGCUAUCUUUCGAAUAAAGGAUGAAGAGAUCAGAGAGAAAUGUGGUGAGGAUGCCGUCCAUUACUUGUCCUUCCAGCGUCACAUCAUUGGACUCCUCGUCGUCAUUGGCGUUCUGUCUGUGGGUAUAGUGUUACCCGUAAACUUCUCAGGAGAUCUGCUUGAUGAUGCCAGCCCUGCUUAUUCUUCAGCAUCUUCGAUUCUGCUAGAUCUAAUUAAUAUUUCAUCCCUUCUGGAAAAUAAUGCAUUUAGCUUUGGCCGGACAACUAUAGCAAACCUGAAUUCUGGGAAUGACCUGCUAUGGCUCCAUACGGCUUUCUCUUUCCUUUAUCUGCUUCUCACAGUGUACAGUAUGAGGAGACAUACCUCAAAGAUGCACUACCGAGAAGAUGACUUGGUCAAACGCACUUUAUUUAUAACUGGGUUAUCAAAAUAUGCUGAACCAGAGAAAAUAAAACUCCAUUUUCAAGAAGCUUAUCCAGACUGCACUGUUUAUGAAGCGCGACUCUGCUAUAAUGUGGCAAAACUGAUGCGUCUUGAUGCAAACAGGCGAAAAGCUGAGCGUAGUCGAAACUACUAUUCUAAAGAAGAAACACCUGUUAUGAUAAACCCUAAGCCCUGCGGUCAGCUGUGCUGUUGUGUUAUUAAAGGCUGUGAACAGGAAAACGCUGUGGAAUAUUACACUAAAUUAGAACAAAAACUGAAGGAGGAGUAUAUGAAAGAAAAGGAAAAAGUGUAUGAGAAGCCGCUUGGUAUGGCUUUUGUAACCUUCCAAAAUGAAGGUGCAGCAGCCAGAAUUCUCAGAGACUUCAAUGCGUGCAAGUGUCAGGGCUGUAUAUUCAGUGCAGAGCCUCUGCGAUCUUCGUACAGCGAGUUCCUCCAUACUUCAUACUGGAGUGUGAGUUAUGCCCCUGAUCCCCACAAUAUUUAUUGGGAGCACUUGUCACUGAGGGGGAUUUCAUGGUGGCUGCGUUGUUUUGUCAUCAACUGUGUCCUUUUUAUUCUACUCUUCUUCUUGACCACUCCUGCUAUCAUCAUUACGACAAUGGACAAGUUCAAUGUUACAAAGCCUGUUGAAUAUUUAAAUAAUCCCAUCAUUACGCAGUUUUUUCCAACAGUCCUACUAUGGUGUUUCUCUGCACUUCUCCCAACCAUUGUUUACUACUCAGGAUUUUUUGAAGCACAUUGGACAAGAUCAGGGGAAAAUCGAACCACCAUGCACAAAUGCUACACCUUCCUUAUCUUCAUGGUCUUGAUUCUACCAUCUCUGGGUCUAAGCAGUCUGGACCUGUUUUUCCGUUGGCUAUUUGACAAGAAAUUUCUGGAAGAAGCUAAAGUUCGAUUUGAGUGUGUCUUUCUCCCUGAUAAUGGCGCUUUCUUUGUAAACUAUGUGAUUGCUUCGGCAUUCAUUGGGAAUGCCAUGGAUCUACUGCGCAUUCCAGGCCUAUUAAUGUACAUGAUCCGCCUCUCCUUGGCCAAGUCAGCAGCAGAGAGGAAAAACGUCAAACGUCAUCAAGCAUAUGAGUUUCAGUUUGGAGCUGCCUAUGGGUGGAUGAUGUGCGUCUUCACUGUUGUCAUGACCUACAGCAUCACAUGUCCCAUUAUAGUCCCAUUUGGUUUGAUGUACAUGCUUUUGAAGCAUUUGGUGGAUCGCUACAAUCUGUACUAUGCCUACCUGCCUGCCAAACUGGACAAGAAGAUCCACUCAGGAGCAGUGAAUCAGGUGGUGGCGGCACCAAUAUUGUGUCUGUUAUGUCUGCUUUUCUUCUCUACUGUAAGAACAGGGUUCUUAGCUGCUACGUCCAUGUUUACAUUUGUUGUGCUGGUGGUCACUAUCGUUAUCUGCCUGUCUCAUGUCUGUUUUGGCCACUUCAAAUACCUCAGUGCUCAUAACUAUAAGCAACCCUCCACUCCAGCAGAUGCUAUAAGUACAGAGGACGAAUCCUGUUACAGGACACUGAUUGAUCGUAGUGAAGUGGACGGUGCUGUUGAAACAAAUGGACAAGGGGAAGGUACUUCAUCCCCACCAAAGGUUACAAGAUACAUUGCGCAGGUACUGCAAGAUCCUCAGUCAGAACCCACAGGAGAUGAUGAUGAGCCAGCAGCGCAGAAGAGCUCCAGAGAUGUGAAUAAUGAAGGAGAGUUCCAGUCCUGCGAAGACAGUCUUAUUGAAAAUGAAGUUCACCAUUAGUGGAAAUUGACAGUUUUUAAAACAAAUUAAUCAGACUGCACGGUUUAGGACCUGGGAACUAUGGCACCACUGGGUCAUUGAAACUUCAGACUGUAAUUAUUAGCCUCUGGUACUGUUUGUACCAGUUCGACGCAAUUUGCUAAACCUUUCCUGUCUUUGUUUGCCGAUUGAAGGAACACAGCAGAAAUGGGAUAUGAUGUGGUGUGCUGGAGUUGUAGAGAAAAUAGCUACGCAUUUUUACCUGCCCGACUAUAAAUGCUCAGCCAUCAUAUCCAUUGAUAUUAGUGGUAGGAAAUUUGACAGCAUAACAUCAUUCCCAGGAAAGCCUUCUGCUGAUCUGCCACCAAAAGUAGGGAACAAAUAAGUCAGCCUGAUUUUGUAAGCACACAUACCCUAACAGGAAGAGAGGGUUUGGUGGAUGACAGAGGGGGAAAAGGAUUGAUAUUUAAUAUACUUUACUGUGUGAGACGAAAGAGCAUCAGUGUUACAGAAUCCUGGUGAAAUUGAUCCUUUUCCAAUUCAAAUCACGUAAGCAUCUAAGGAUGGUCAAAUUGAUCCAGCAUGUUGGAAUAUUUAUGAGUAUACAAUUUAAUUUAAGAGUUUAUAAAGGGAUUAGCAGCAUUGAUCUAUCAGGACCAAUUUAAAUGUGUCCUUGGCGCCAGGUAUCAUCUGUGUGAUGUCAGUUUUGUAGGUGGAAGUGAUCUGUAGAAAUCCUGCAUUUUCAAGUGUUGAGAUGUAUGCUUUCUGAAGCACCACUCUGCUGGACAUUUUCUUAUUUAUUUUUAAAAGCGCACUUGUACACAACUGCAGUUGAAAUAUAUAUUUAAAAGAAUGUAAAGUUUUCUGCAGAAAGUAACAGUCCUGGCUGUUGGAUCUGUGGCUUACUAUGUAGUUCAAACAGUUGCUAAUAGGACUGUUAAAUUGAGCAAUGUGGUGCUCUUGAUGAUCCCAUGUUGAAAUUGCAGGUGACCUGAUGUUUUUGUACUUCAUUUUUCUCUUUCUCCCCCCCCCUUGAAGUUUUCAGAUGUACUAUGUAAAGAGUAGGUCAUUUUCAUUAUGGACUCAUUUCCUGUUCAAUAGCUUGGCUGUCAUUUGGGGUGUUUGGGACAGGGGUUAGAAGUUGAACUUCUACCUGCAGUCAAAGCAUUUAAAAUUAUUUCUGAAUUAUACAUUUAAGAUUUACUGAAGAUCAUACAGCAUUUCUAAGUUGACCAUUUAAUAGAUUUUUUAAAUCUAAUUUUGGGGGCAGCACGGUCAACAGCUGAUCCAUUUUUAAAAAUCUCAAGCAAGGUUGUAGCGACCGAAAGGGAAGUUGUCCGAAAAGAACCAGGACUGAAGCUCAAGUCUUUUCAAUUCUGUUUCUGAAAAUUGCUUGACAGAACCUUUUCAUAUGUUGAAAAGAAACUCUGGACAAAGAUGCCUGACAUACUUAAAUUUAUUGAAACAGAACCAGCAUUAUCUACCGACUAUAACCACUACAGGCUCAGGUGCAACUGUAGCUUGUCUUGGCAAGGAUAUUCUCGAUCAAGGCUGAGCGAAUGGCAAGGAGCCACUUGCAAAUCAGGUUUUUAUUGGCAAUGAUCAAGCUGCAACUUAAGAACAAUGAGGAUUGAAGUAAAUUAUUCCUCUUCCUCUUCCCCCUCUUUGUAGUGUCUGAAAUGAUUACAGACCUAAAUACAGUAGUGUUUGACUCCUUCCACCUAGCAGCCUGUAAACGACAUCAUCCAUCUGAUUUAUAUUUGGCUGAAUUCUCAGUUUGCUAACAUUACUACACCCAGACUCCAUUCAAUCUUAAAACAGGUUACAGAAAGGUAAAAACAAAUUGAUACUUAGUCUAUCUUGGUGAGAAAUGAUCCUUUUAUAGCAGGAACUGUAACAUUCCUUUCUAGCCAGGCCCUAACCCAUUCACUAAUUUGUAUUACUGUUCCUUUCCUUCCUGUCAAAAUGUCAUUUGCAAUUUGAUCAGAUGGAAGUGCACAUUAUUGUUGAACAAAGUUUGCAUUCUUGAAUUUAUAUAAACUACUGUUUGGCCUAAGGGUCUUUUUAAAGUGAAUUGGAUGAAAAUUAAACCCUAUCCUCCAUUCAACUCAAGCAAAUUUCUAUAUACUUAGGAUCAAGGAGGGUUUGUUGUCUUUACUAUCUUCAGAAUUAACAGAACAAGCUAUAUGUGAGUCAUUAGGAUUUAUGUUUGUUCCAGCCUCUCUGUUUUUGCAGUUCACUGAAAGAUAGUGGUUCCCGUGAUACCUUCCUGCUGAGUGCUUUACAUUGAAUUUUAGCAAAGUAUGAUCCAAAUUAAUUUCAGUACCCGCAUUACCAAGACCUGGUACUUUCAGACUUCCACGCAUUAAAAUGACAAGUUAAUUUGUUAUCCUUCAUGUGUCUUUCCACUCUGUUAAACAUUCAACUGGACAUUUUUAUUUGGAAAACAUGAGGGACUCAAAAGUCCAUUUUAUACAAGCCAUCAGAUUUAAAUAUAUACCAUUGUCCAUGAAGGACGUUUAACAGUGCAUUUUCUGGAUCCAGCACGUAACAUUUGGGAAAAUAUUUUAAUGCAAUUAUGAGUGCUAUUAUAAUGGGAGUAACUGGACAUUCAUUUAUCCAAAGUGACUUCACAGAUCUGAGAACUACUGCCUAGGUGGCAUGACGUGACAAUUACAGACUUUCACAGAUGCCUAUAAUGAGAGUAUAUCAUGGGUUCAUUAUUACAUUUGAUUGAAAUAAUGUUGCGUUGGGGUAGGGUUAUAUGUACAUAGCUAACUGUACUAAAGUUCAAGUAUUGUGUAUAUAAUGUAAUUAAUAGAGAUCAGCGAGUUACUUUACAUCCGUCCUGUGGUACUGGUGACCUCAUCUGCAGUAACAUCAUAUGCUAUUAAUCGUUCAUACCAUUGAAACAGUCUAUCAAUGUUCUAGAUAUUCACUUUGAAGUAGAGGCUUCGUGGACACAGCAUUCUUUACAUACUUAACAGCCAAGGGACUGGAACAGAAAUCUAAGCUACUGAUUUUUUCCCUUUCCAGAAGGGCCCAGUAUAAUCACCUGCAAUUUGUUUUGUCUGAGAUAAAACAAAUCCAGCCUGGUAAAAUGAGCAGGCAAGGAAUAUGUGACUCAUCCUGAGGUUGAUGCUAAUACACUAAGGAAUUUUCCUUCAAUUCCAAUUAAAAACUAUUCAGAAUGAGGUAGACACACCUUUACCUAAUUUAUACUGUGUGUAACUUGGAAAUGCUUAAUGAUGUGUCUGGAUGCAAAAGUUCAAUUCUCCACUGACAUCUCUUGGCAAUAUGAUUAUUCAUAAUAACAACAAAGGCACAGUGAGUUUACUGCUGUUUGCUAAUUGCCAUUUCAACUGUUGCACAUUAUUGUAGAUGAAUUGUUUUCUUAUAAGAAACAUAACUUAGUAUUGCACUUUAUAGAAGGUGUCUGACUUUCAUGGUCAAGAAAGAAGUGAGUGAUUUCCUGGUUGGCACUGGUCCAUUUGUGAAUUAAAAUGAUGUUUCCUAUUC